UCCUUGGAACUAUCCUCUUUAAAUGUUAGUAGCAAAGUCAUUCUACUGUCAGUCUUCAGUCAUCCAGUCUAAGUCUGACUUGCUCUUUAAUCUGAAUAGGCUGAAUAGCUCUUUUCACUGAAUGUAGACAGUUAUGGCUACGCCAGUAGGUUAUUCAGAUCCAAGUGACCGUCCUCUUUUAUUCAUUGCCAAGUACAAGUGUGAUAAAUGUGGUCACAAAUGGAAAGUCAAGAGGACAAAUGGUGGCAGGAAGAGGUGUCCAAUAGAUUCUAGUCAUAGUAUUUUGCCUGUACUACCAUACAAGAAGAUUCCUAUCAAUAAACUGGUUGUUUACAAGUGUCUACAAUGUUCAAGAGAAAUAAAAGAGACACGCUGCAAAAAAGAAGUCAACCAAGUUCCUUACUGUAGAGUUUGUAACUGUGACAUGAUAUUGGUUUCUUGCAAGGAUAUAAAAGCUGUAAAGAGAAUGUUUGGAGAAUUUUUUUGCAAGGAAUGCCAACGAGGUUGGAAGAGUGGCAAUGCAUGGGAAGGGAAAGGCCAAGAAUGUAAUAAAUGCAAUAGACUGGUCUACCCAUCGACACUCUGUCCUUUGAGACCACCAAAAUUUACUCCUGAACAUAGAGAACCACAUGACCAAAGCCGCUGUGAAAUGUGCAAGGAACUUGGUACGAAUUGCAGGACCUUUGAUUCAUAUGCCGGCAAUGUAGCUAGUACUGAAGAGCUACCACAUGAAGAGGAUGAAGAUAAUUUGAGUGUCAUUACAGACACAUCUAGUGCUCUGAGUAGUGUGAGGGAUAGAUCAUUCUCACCAGAAGAUGAUUUGAAUGACGACGACCUAUCUCCUGGCGAUGGUGAUCUGACCCCUACUGAACAUGAUCCUGGUCAAGAUGAUAUUGUUACAAAAGCUGCAGAAGAACUUGACAAGCUGUCAUUCAAUGAUCAUGAUGGAAAGAAGUGAAGCUGAAGCGUGGGAAGGGAAAUCCAAAUACCCAUCACUCUGAAAAGUAUUGUAAAAAGUGUUCACCUUUUAAAAUACAAUUGAAAAGAUUAUAAUCCUGAUGCUGAUACUGAUACUGAUACUGAUACUGAUAGUGAUGACCAUGCAAGUGAUUACAGUGAUGAUGAUCGUUAUUAUUAAGAAAAAUAAUGAUGUUUUUAUGGUCACAAUUUAUUUUUAAUCAUUGUCUCGAAGAACUACAAUAGAUUUUUGUCAGACUGAAAUUUAUUUUUGUGAAUACAUGUAUUAUGUAACUACAAUCCAUAUGCAUGGUUGUGUUUUUAAAUAUUUUUUUUAUUUUUUAUGGCUUUUUAGCUAUGAAUUUGCUCACUCCAACUGUUAUGUAGUCAUACUUCACACAUGCAGGAACAAUGCAAUGAAUAAUAGAUCAACUGCAGCUGCAGCUGCAUAGUCAUUCUACUGUCAGUCCUCUGUCUGUCUUGUGCAAAAUAGUUUUUCUGAUACAGUGAACAUGUCUUCCCAGAAGACACCUUAUCAAGGACCGGAUAGAGUGUUUGGUGAUUUUCGUUGUUGGAAGUGCAAUCGUACAUGGAGCAGUGGUAAUUCAUGGGCAAACAUGGGACAAAAGUGUUUGAAAUGUGACAUCAUGAUUUAUCCCUACCAACAGCGUCCUCUUCUUAAAAAACAAGAUUAUGAUGAAGAUGAAGAAGAAGACUAUUUGUAUGAUUCUGGUGCUCCUCACCUCUCCGAUCUUUGUGAGAAAUGCAAGGAGCUUGGAUACAACUGUCGAGAAUCAUAUUAAAUUGUAUGCAUGGGACAAAACUUUGUUUAUUGUAUAUGAGUAGCAAGAGACCAAGAGUAAUAGCAGUAUUGUCAUUUGUCUAUCCCUAUUUGUGUACUGUGUAUUGUGUAUUGUAACACAUGCUUUUGCAAUGUCAUUGUUAUGUUAUGAAAUUGAUAAAUAUACAAUAUGUGGAUUUGUGUCAAAUAA